GUCAUAGGAAAGCCCGAUCCCGUGGUACUUUUAAGCUUAUUCCCUUGUAGCUCCAUCAACCUCUGGACGUCGCGUCUUUCUUUCGAGUCACGGAUUAUUGAAAAAUUGAUGAUGAAGUCCUUACAAAUACAAGUUUCUCGUCGCCUGUCUUCUGUAGCUGGUCUACGAUUAACGUCCAGCGCAGCAUUCAUCCCUUGUUGUCAGAACGUCCAUCUACAACUCCAGCAAGGCAAUCGGGCAACAUACGCGACUCAAAGGCUUCGAAGGACAGACUCUGCCUUCAAUCGAGUCUCUUCAAUAUCUAAUUGUUGCACACAAUGUUCCACUGCCAAUAUCCACCCAAGCAGGCUAUAUCAACAAGAAGCAACAUACAGUACCACCGCCACCACAGCAAAGCAACCAACCAUCCACAACGUCUUCGAGUCCAAGACCGGAACAUGGCAAUAUAUCGUAGCGGAUGCAACCACCUCAAAAGCCGUCAUCAUCGAUCCAGUGCUCGAUUACGAUCCUUGCACACAGACUAUCACCACAACCUCUGCCGAUGCCUUGCUCACCCUCGUCAAGGAAAAGGGCUACACGAUUGACCGUAUCCUCGAAACCCACGCCCACGCAGAUCACUUGACGGCCUCGUCCUAUCUGCAAAGACAGCUCACUCAAAUCCAAAGUUUCAAGCCGCCCAUCGGCAUCGGCAAACGCAUCGAGCAGGUGCAAAAGUUAUUCGGUCAUCGCUACGGACUCGCCCUGGACGAAUGGCUCGGUGUAUUCGAUAAACUAUUCGACGAUGACGAAACCUUUACCGUGGGCGAAAUAUCCGCAAAAGCGAUUCAUCUCCCGGGUCAUACACCCGAUCACUUGGGUUAUCAGAUUGGAGACAAUGUCUUCUGCGGUGAUUCUCUCUUCCACGCAGACAUCGGCACCGCCCGCUGCGACUUCCCCGGCGGCGACGCAAAACACCUCUAUCAAUCCGGCCGUCGCCUCCUCAAUUUAGACGAUCACGUCAAAAUCUGGCCUGGUCAUGAUUAUCCGCCCGAGGGCCGGGACCCGGUACCCUGGAUGAGUGUGCGAGAUCAAAGAAAGCAAAACAAGCAUUUGAAGGCUGCGAUUAGUGAGGAGGAGUUCGUGGAGAUGCGGACGGAAAGGGAUAGGAAUCUUAGUGCACCAAGGUUGUUGCAUCAGUCGUUGCAGGUUAACAUUCGAGCUGGACGGUUGCCGAGGGAGGCGGAGGGGCAUCGGAUGUUGAGGUUGCCGUUGAAAUUGAAUGGGUUGGAUUGGUAAACGAUCGUGGGAUUAUAUUUGAUUGUUGGAUGCUGUGCCGCUCGUCUGGGAUGGUGGUGGUUUGGAUGUACUCAUAUUUCGUCGGUGUGUAAACUUGCAUGUUGUAUAUCGUACCCGAAGCUCGAGCUACCCGACCACCUUAGUGAUGACCCUACCACCCAACCCAGUCAAUAAAUCUUUUUUCAGUGGAAAAGCAUCUAGGGGUCUACGGCAUAUCCAUAUACUUGACUCUCGACAUUAAAUAGUCGUAAUGACCCACCAAACUCGUAACGUUAACGAUACCUGUAUGAUAGCGAUGGCAUCAUCGCUUCUCGCCCGAGUGACCCAUUUCUCGCCCGAGCUCUGAUCUUCUCGUCCGAGUAGACCUCCCACACUUCCGAGUCUUAUACAACGAAUCGCCGAUAUAAUCGUACGACACGAAAGGGAUGAAUUCGACAGUGUAGAAGCAGUUCCGGGCUUGAAAUGAAGUGUUUCGACAUAAAAUCAAU